AUGUGCCUCCCACCCCUCUCCGACUCCCUCUCCCUCCCCAAACUCCUCAAUCUAAACCUCGACUCUUCCUCGCGAUCCUCCUCUCCCUCACCACCACCACGAUUCCACGAUCGUCAUCACCACCACCAUAGUAGCCACCAUCACCACUUCCGCAGACGACGAAGAUCCAACAGCUCAUGCAGCACCUGCAGCGACACCACCAGCUCCAGUUCCACUACGACCUCCAUCUCCAUCCGCCCCCCACCGCGAAGCUACCACCCCCCACAACCGUCUCGCAAGCCUCCGCCUCCACCUGCUCUUCGAGAGCGGGAGCGAGAUACUUACCGAACGAGUCGGAGUAAGGUUCGAGAUGUCGAGGAGACGUUCAUCCCGCUUCCGCCGGCGAGGCCUGUCAGGAUUGCGAGGCCGUGGCCGCGGCCGAGAUUACCGCCCCCGCCUCCGCCGGUGGUGAUUGAUGUCAGAGAGAGGGAGAGGGAGAGGGAGUAUUGUCGGUUGCCGGAUGUGGAGGCGGAGGAGGUGGAGUGUGUGGGGGUUUUUGAGCCUGAGCCUGAGCCUGAGGACCGGGAGAGGGCGGAGGAGUGGGUGGUUAUGAGGGAGAGAGGGGGAUGGAGGAGGCCUAGUGGUGGUGGUGCUACAAUUAUUAGGGAACGGGGGAGGUGGAAGGAGGUAGUUGAGGAUGAGGAAGUGGAUGAAGAGGUGGAUAGGGUGGAGGAGGAUAGGAGGAGGAAGGUGAGGGUUGAGUAUAUUCGGGCUCGAUAG